AUGAAUGUUCGUAAGCGCAAUGCUAGGGUGGCUUUAUGCAAGCCUACUAGCUCAUAUCUCACCUCCUUAACCGCACGCGAAUACGAUCGUAAACGAAGACGUGUUGAUUUUGAUGUCUCCACACAUUCCUAUCGCUUCCCUUACAUCUGGGAAGGUGAAUUGGUGCCAGUAAAAUACGCAGAUAAAAUCUUUGCUAGUCAGUGGCUAUCAAAUGAGGAAAUCCUGAUUGGUACGAAAUGUAAUCAUUUGGGGGUCGUCAAUCUGAGCACACGUAAAAUCUAUGAUAUUCCUCUCCUCGAGGGCUCAACAAGGAAUACUCUCCUCGAGGAGUCUUGUGGUUGUGGCAUCCACGCUAUCCAAAAGAACGCAACAGGUACACGUUUGGCCACCGGUGGUGAGAAUGUGAAUGAUGUCGGUGUCUACAACCUUCCAGAUUUAUCUCCUCUUUGUGUAUUUGAGAAGCGACACAAAAACUGUAUAUUUGAUUUGCGAUGGGUCCAAGAGGAAAUUCUGGCUUCAUGCUCGCGGGAUUCCUGCUUAGCCUUAUGGCGGUUACCAGAGCACAAUAUGCAUUCAUCCCCGACGAUCUCACACGAUCCUGGUUCUUCCAUAAAUCGUCCUCGACCUAUAUACCGCCACCCCCUAAUAAGUACACCCAUUGCUUUCACCCUCUCCCGAACUCCAGAUGAUCGAUUCAGAGCUCUUGAAUACCUCCCUACUCGCAAUAUGUUAACAGUUGUCUCUAUGUCGCACUACUUUUACCUUUAUGAUCUAGAUUCCCUCUUCUCAUCUACUUCAGGUGACCAGCAACCCUUUUUUAAAAUGCCUCUUCUUUCCUCUGACAAGGAGGCGGUAGCUCUGCGACGAUGGCCAAAUAAUCCUCACGUUGUGUCAUUAGCAACUCAUCGCUCGGUGCUUUUAUUCGAUAUUCGUUGUCGGUCGCAGAUUCGGCGAACAAUUCCUCGCAUCGUGGAACCACCUGCUUCCUGCCGUUCCUGUGUUAGAUCGCUCAAUUUUUCCGGCAACAUUCUCUCUUAUGGCACUUCUUUGGGAAAAGUGCAUUUCUAUGAUUUGGUGGCUGACAAGCAUUUGGGGAAUCACCUUGACACUGAAACCGUAUCCAAGAAAGCUACAGCCUCUCCGUGUAUGCACACUUCACUAGAUGACGGUCUCCCAGACUUGGCUGCAGGCGCUUAUCCAAACGGUUUAGAAAGCACCUCGGAGCGUCAAGAGGAGGAGGAAGAGGAGCCAGAUGAGUCGGAACUCUCCUUUGAAUUUUCAACUGACAAUCUCCCUUCUGCUUCAAGUGACUUGCAGAUUUCAUCGGAUUCUGAGAGGCUUAGUGAAAUCGACUUGCAUUUGAUCAAUUUCAUCAGUUCCCUUGCCGUUCGUCCACAGGUUCGGGAACGAGCUUUACAACAAUUUCGAUUUGUCACAGCCGAUCUACGACGCCGAAUUUCUACGCACAAUCUCCGUGUCACCCUGGAGGCUACAGAUGUGGAUAAUCCAAUUGUACGGAUUUCCAGCGAUGAGGAAACGGUGAGAGAUGAGGAGGAAGAGGAUGGAGAAGAUGAAGGAACGCAGAUUAAUGGAGCCGUAGAUCAGCCACAUCUACCACAGCCACCUGGGGAUUCGGUACUUUUAGAGAACUUGACUCUCGACAACUUGAAUUGGAUAGAAAGCAAUUGGCAUUCUGUUGGAACUAACAAAGCCGUGUACACUCAUGAAUACGAUCCCAGUGGUUUGCGAUUGUUUACUGCGGGUGGUCCUAUUGGAUCUGCUUUCUCAGGCAACUUUGCGGUACUCUGGAAUUAA